ACCAGGCCGGGUCCUCCUCAUUCGGACCAUUGAGAUCGACAAGUGUUCGACCUUUCAUAGGUCAACCAGACUUCCAUGUCGCAUCAUCGAUAUCAGUCGACAGGAUCCUACACUCCGGUUCUCAUACGUCCUUCAAGGUCUAGCGAUGCUGCUCUACUUCGUCCGCCGGGGCCUCCUCCGCGCCUGAAAUAUCCCUAUCCCAUCCCCAUCAUCUCUCUCUUGGAUCUAUCCUAUACUAUACACGCAUCCCGGAACCGUAGAGUCGCAAGUCAUUUCUUGCCUCUGGCCAUCGGUCGGACUCUCAUAUUGCUUCUCGCUAUCGGUUCAAGUACACGAUGGCGCGUGCGAGGAGGUUGGGUUGCUGUCUGUUCCGCUGUAACGGUCUUAGGCACAGUCUGGGAAGUGUGCAAGGAUCGAUUGGAUCCUGCAGCCAGUGAUGGGGUCGAGGCCUCUGAUACGGCUUUCUUGAUCAUGACCGCUACCAUGGCCAUUCUUCAAUACGUGAGGCGUUUCAUUGAUGAUAUUCAAGUGCCCCAAACGCUCAUUGAUCAUUCCUAUAGCUCGUUUUUGUCCUUCUUCUACGCCUCUCGCCACCUUCACACCGUCUCAAUCCUCUCUCACUUCGACUGCCUCGAUCUGCUAUUCAGACGCCGACCGCUUUCCAAUACUCGACCGACGUUGACGAUGGCACGUCUGGAAGAGAGACACAGGGAUCUGGAGACGAGGAUGACGAGGAAGAGAUCCUGGCGGACAAUGAACCCGUAUCACCUACGAGGCGUUAUCACACUCGUUUCCCGAGUCAAGCGACUGUUAGGACAAUUCCUCAGAGUCUUCCCUCUGAUCCCGAAGGCGAUGAUGGAGAAGGGUUGAUGGAAGAGGAGGAGGAAGAGG